UUGUAUCUUCUCUGAGAGCUCAGAUGGUGGUCUAAUUAAAUUUGGCAAUUUCCUUUGCAGCCACACUCAUGACCAUCCUAUGAUUCGGUAUCUGUCCCAGAAAAAAGAAACAAAACUCUCACUUUCAGCACUGUUUUUGAAGAUUGGAACUAGCUGAAGCUACAAGCGACAAGACUGAAAACCUAAAUUAUCAUGCGCUGCUCUAGCUUGCUCUUGGUUGGUAUGGUGACAUUAGGAAUAUCUGAGUUCUGCUCUGCCGGGCCCCUUCAUGCACAGUGCAAAGUCGAGUGGUAUUUCAGUCUCCCUUGCAGGAGUGUAUAUGAAGGUCUGGUCACACAGAUUAAAAAGUGGAGGACACUGUCAACCUGUGCCAUGGGAGGGGAGAAAUGCCUCUAUAAGUUGCAGUCUGCGUCUGUACACUUCAUUUCAGCCAAACACACAACACCAGUAAAGAGAUAUGUUGAUGACAUCAACUUCAGACUGGUCUCCUAUGGAUUCUUUUCACAUUGCCACGUAUCGGCCAUGUCAGUGUCAGAGACCUGGUAUGCUGUCACAGAUCAUGGCACCAAUUACUGUAACCUCUACAACUUAAUGGAAGGCAGCGGACUUACUGAAGCUCCAGGAUAUAAAGAGAUCACCAGUGACUUCCUGUGCACCCAGCGAUCAUCUGCUAACUGUACUGUGUACUAACUAUUUUUAUAUAUAUAUAUAUAUAUAUAUAUAUAUAUAUAUAUACUUUCAGAUCUGUUAAACUGUCUUGCUUCUUUGCUCUGCAAAAAAAAUAAUAAUAUUUUUUUUUUUUUAGAAAUGUAGAAAAUUAUGUACGUAGUUGCUAUUGUAUGACUCUUUUCCACCAAAAUACUCAUAUAUACUGUUGUGAUGCUUUACCUGAAUUUUGUGGUACUGUUUUUUGUUUUGCUCAACAUUUUUUUACUUGACAUUUUACUUGACAUUUUAUGUUGCACAAAGUUUGGGGACAAAUAUAGGAGUCCUAAGAGUGUGUCAGGUGAGACACUACCUUCUACCGGGACACUGUUCCCUCUAAGGGCAGCAAUAUUCUCCUGUGGGUGUAGAUAUCCAUCAUGGAUCUUUUGCUCUCAUCAAGAGAGCUCUUCUGGCUGAAGGCAUCAGUCUACCACUCCACCACUGCAGUAGCGUUCUGUCACCAGUAGAGGGAAGUGUUUGCAAGUGUUUUUGCAAUAGGUCCUUAAGAGUUUUGA